GCUCAGAGCCUCAGCGUGAAAGUUAGUUCAUCAAUUACAUGUAAAUACUUCACCUUUUUAAUAUUCCCAACAUCACCACCUCUCCAGUUUGCACUUCUCAGGCAACAUUCAUCCUAGGAUUUUAAACAGCUUCAGCUCAAUUAAAGAGCAUUUUAUUAGUCCACUUCAGGAAUAUAUUUUGAACUUGUAUUCCAGUCGCAGUUUGCACCAAAAAAUCUACUCUCACAGCUCCUCAUCGCCGCCUGGCACACAUAUUUACAAUGUCGAAGCAUCGCCCUCGCAUCCCGAUGGGAUCGCUCAGCGACAUGGCUUCAACUGUUCGUGACAAGAAAACUGCCUCCAAAAUUAAUCCUUUGGGAUCUACCCAGCUACAAAAGAAUCAAAAGCUAGCCAAGGAUACCAGUAGCGAUGAUGACAGCAGCACCAGCAGCUCCGACGACAGCGACGGAAGUGGCAGCGAUAGCGAAAGUGAUCUCGAGGCUGCCAAGAGCAAGUACGCCGCAAAGCAGGCAACCAAGCGCAAGGUUGCUGACCCAAAAGCGAACGGUACUAAGUCUGAACCUAAGAAGACUAUCCCGAACGUAGGCGUACCAUCAUCUAAAGUUUCUACCAAGGCAGCAGCUUCCACAAGUCCUAAUGAUUCCGAUUCCGAUUCCGAUUCCGAUUCCGAUUCCGAUUCCGACUCCCAGAGUUCGGAUUCUAGCGACAGCCCGGCCAAGAAUGGCGCGACGGUAAAGGGAGGAAAUAAAGCUGAAGAGAAAGCAGAAAGCACAUCGGACAGCGAGAGCGAUGACGAAGAGCCCAGUGCACAACGCGCUGUUGAGGCUGAAUCUUCUAGCGACGAGGCCAGCGAUAGCAGUUCUGAUGAUGACAGCGAGGAAGCGCAUGGUAUGGAGAUAGAUAGUGAUGAGGUGGCCAUUUCUAGAGUCAAUGGCAAUGAUUUUUCUGAAGUUUCUCGACCUGGCUGGCUUAAUAGCUCAGACUUUGUGAUCCGCAAAGCUUCAUCAGACAAUCCCGCCAAAGAAGUUGCAGAUUUUUUCAGCAAAACUAACUUGGAAGGGAAGCAGGUGUGGUAUUUCACGGCACCAGCUUCGUUGCCGAUUACUGUGCUCAAAGACAUGGAGAUUGAUCUAUCCAAAGCAACUCCUGGACAAUCAUUACUCAAUCAUAAAGGCGACGAUUACGGCCUAGACAUUGAGUCGCAUGCUACUAGCACGCAGAUCCAGUUGCUUAUCCCUUCACAGGGAGGGGAUAACUAUACUUCUCUGAAUCGGGGAAUCGACUCAACCGUGCAUCUCCGUCGCGUAGCUAAAUUUGGUCCUGGCGGUACUGUCAGUGCUACCGCUACCGAGGAUUACGCGCCAAUGCCGAAGGCUAUUCGAGAGCAGCCACAGGGUCUAAGACCCCGUUUCACCCCUAUUGGCGUCCCUAGUUCUAUGCCACAGGUUCAGUCCUCGAAAUCCCGUCCUGCACCCGCAACGCGGGCAGUUUCUUCAUCUGAAUCAGACAGUGAGUCGGAGAGUGCAUCCGACAAAGACUCGGCGGCAUUACCUACCCCGACCAAUUCGAAGAAAUCCAAGAAACCAGCUGCUGUCAAUGGGAACCUGAAGCGGAAGCAACCUGAAGAAGGCAAAUCAACUCCAGUUCAAGAGCCUCGGUCUCAAGAAAAGUCUGCAAAGAGACCUAAGACCACUAAAUCCGCCCCUUCCAAAGUUUCGAGCUCCAACAAGGAAACGCCUAUCUCGACCCAGACACCAAACAACAAGAAGGCGAAGGAGGGGAAAUCAAAGUACUCGAUACAGCCAACGAAACAGACUCCAGUCCCUGUACCUAAAGUUUUUAGUAUGAACCGUUAAUUCGGGGAGUACUGGAUUUGCGUAGCCUACAUUUUUGGGGCUUGGAUCGACAUUUUUUUCAUGCUGGUAUACAUUCAGCUAAUGAGUAGUGUAUCUAUCGGGCGGGAUUUUGCUCGUGGAACUAUCGCACACAGGCAGUCUACGUACAAGAUAGUCUAUUGGAGACGGGGAGCCUGAUGAAAUGUGGUUUGCCACCAGAAUCGGUAGACUCAGGUGCGUUUGCGUAUGGAUAUUCCUACAGAAAAUGACAUGCGGCGUCGAGAGAACGUGAUAUUAUGGUUGUGUGGUCUUAUCACUCCUUUUCUUGAGAUACCAUAGACGAUUUUUCUGAUAGUCUUGGUCUUUUUCCUAGCAUUCCUUCCUAUGGAUAGGGCGCGGCUGGGCAGGCCAAUACCAAAAGUACUAGGUUACGAAGUUAGCAAUGGAAAAUUAACAGAAUCGAUGCAUUCUAUUGCAGUAAUGUAAAUUAUGACUUGGGCCAUUCUCUAGAGUAUUCAGUUGCCGGUUCCGAAUUGCUACCUAGGUAUUUAGGCACAUAACCC